AUGCAGGUUUUGGGAUGGCCAUGUUCGGUCUCGGUAAGAUCAUUAAUAUGCUCAUCAUGUUCAGUCUCGGUAAGAUCAUUGAUAUGCUCAUUUGACGUGAGGGGUGUCAUCAAGAAAUAUGACAGUCCCGAACAAAUUCUUGAAGAAUUCUUUCAUUUAAGACUUGAGUUCUAUGUAAAGAGAAAGAAAGUAAUGUUGGAUAAUCUUGAAAGAAAGCUGUUGAGAUUGUCUAACAAAGUCAGAUUCAUCAUUGGGGUGGUAGAAGGAGAGAUUGUUGUGAGUAACAGGAAGAGAGCAGAUCAGGUCCUCGAGUUGCAGUAGAAGGGUUUCACACCGUUCCUUAAAACCAAAGGCGUUGAUACCAGCGAGGCAAUGGAAACAGAAGAAAAUGAAGAGACACCGGAGGUGGGAAUAGUUGUAAGAGCAAGGGAUUAUG